AUGGGUGCAGCUUAUCAAAUAAUGGGCAAAACUGUUCAACCACAUCAACUAGCUCUUGCAACUUUGGGAGCUGUGGUACUAUUAGUUAUGCCAAAACCAUGGAAGGUUAAACCAGCACACCCAUCAAUUAACGCAUCUUCGCCUCAAGAGGAAAAGUUUGUUAAGGCAUGGUUAGAAAAACACCAAAAAACAGAAGAAAAGCACUAG